CCUAUUCUGUGCACAACAGUAAUUCACUAAUUUGGUUCAUUGUUUAAGUGAUUCUGCAGAAUUCUAUUGCACCUUUAUUCCCUCAACUCUUGUAAUAGAAAUUCAGGGGUUGGGGGUCUGAAUUGCUAUUCAAAAUCACCCGUAAUAACAUUUUUCCUUUUUUGGACCAAAAUAGCCUACCUCUCUUAUUCAUCGUUUUCACUUUCACUUCAGCAGAUUUCUUCCUCGACAUUUAUCCCCAAAGUGAACCCUAGAAAUUAGCUCCUUAAUCGACGACAAAUCAAGCAUUCAUUCGCCAUCUUCAUCUUCAUCUUCCUUCUAGUUGAACCUCCUUAUUUACAGUUGGAAUUUGUUGUUUGUGGUAAAUGGGUUGAUGGGGUUUUGGAUUUUGAGCUUUGAAUCAGUUACAGAGUUUUUGAGCAAGAAAAAGAAAACAAAGGCAGGGUAGAUGAGGAAUCUUUUUACUAGUAAAUUUGCCAUUGCUUUGGUUUUUUUUUUCAAUUUUGAUUCUGAAAUGUUGGGCUAGUUACAGUGUAAGCUGAACAAAGAAUUUCAGUUGAGAAAAUAAUUGAAGUUAAAUUAAAGAGAAAUUCGACAUAUGUGCUAAUACGCUUUGUUUAUUUUUGAAUCUUAAUGCUUAGAGAAUCAUAAUUUGCAUAGAGAUUUAGCUACUGCAUCAGGUUUUAGAUAAUGUUUUACUAGCAUCAUUAGGUUUUUGUUUAAUCUUAUCAAUUAAACAUUUGAUUGAUAAUUUUAUUUUUUGGGGAUUUUAAUUAAUUGGAUAUUGGGUUUGAACGUUUGAUUAGUUUAAUGUAGAUGUAGAAUAUGUGGAAAUAUUUGGUAACAGCUAUCCUGAAAUUUGAUGUAUCAAUCCUUUGUGAUGCUGAAUGGCCAAUGUUGGGAAUUAGGGUUUUGGGUCCUCUUUAGAAAUUAGAUAGAUUUCUUACCUUGCUGCUUGUCCCUAGUUCCGCCAAAAAAAUAUGACCCUAUGUUAGGCCUUUUAUGGAGUUUAGAUGGAAGUUUUAGAUGUUGCAAAAUUAGAUUGCUUUUGGUGCAAUGGUUCUUUUUACUGGAUUUUGUUUAAUGAUGCUUUAUUUGAUACAGUUUGAUGUACUUUUUAGAUCACAUGUUUCAAAUGAGAUGGAUCAGAGUAUUCAAAAGAAUACAGUGAGAUCAGGGUAAUUUUCAAACUGUGUUCUUAACCUUAAAUGCUACUUUUUCUUCCUCUUCUUUCUUUCUUUUUCUUAAAUUUUGUUAGUAUAAUGUUUUAAGUUGAAAGAAGUAAGAGCAUUUAUUUCUUUGUAUUUUCUGCCCUCUUGGAAUGUACCGUAUACAUUAUGUUGUUGUGGUGAACUUUAAAAUUUUAUUGGUGGAGUGUUUUGAAAACUAGGAGGAUAGAGGAUUGGUGGGAAGAAUGAUAGAAAAUGAGCGUAGUUUUUCAUUCAUAUGCUCUCUAGGAAUGAUUUAGAAGUGGAAUGCAAGAAAAUGAUAUACCUACUUAGUUUUUGUUUGUAAUCUUGCCAUCCUUUUUGUUUUGCUGGUUUAAAUAUUUAAGGUCUUAAGCUGCAAUUAGAAGAUGUCAUAGUUAUAAUUAAGAUGUCCUACUGCUGUAUCUUGAUUAAAAUGUAAGUAUUCAUGCUGUAAGUAUUUAUGUUGUCUUAAAACAUUAUCUGAAGUGGAUUAAUUGUUGUAAUUUAAACGAUCUUAAUAAUGAAAUUUUGGUAUCUUAAAAUGAUAAAUUGAGAGGAGUUAUAGCUGUAAUUUAUAGUGCUUGGGUGUCGUGGUUGAAAUGUAUAACUCUGGGAUUGAUAUUGAUGAUGUGCUGGUAAUGAAUAAAUCGAGCUUUAUUUGCCGAAUGACAUGUUAUUUUAGAAAUACAAAUUGAGUGUUGCUAAUGGUGAGUUUUCUUUAAACUCCUUUAUUAUUUCCAUGCUUGAAAUUCUUAUCAAUUUUACAUGGAUAAUUUGGCGAUAGUUAAAUAGGGAAAAAAAUUGUUCUUUACAAAUUUCAUGGUUGCUACUGUUUUGUAUUGGUUAAACUCGUUUAUUUCGAAUUUAGUUGUUGUCCAAUUAGUGCAAAAAUUUCCUGUUGCUCAAGCAAAGUAGAUGUUGUUGCUGCUCGUUUUUGUACUUUUAAGGCCCUAUUUAAGUACUGCAAUUUGAAAUGUUUAGUUGUUGGAAAUUGAGAUGUUUUAUUCCUGUAAUGGAGGUGUAUAAAUGUUGUUAAUAGAGAUGUUAAAGUGCUACAAAUUGAAGUGUUUAAAUGCUGUAAAUUGAAGUGUUAAAGUGUUGCAAAUUGAAGUAUUUAAAUGCUGUGAAUUGAAGUGUUAAAGUGCUGCAAAUUGAAUGUUUAAAUGUUGUAAAUUGAAGUGUUUUAAGUACUGAGGUGUAUAAAUGUUUUUAAUUAGGAUGUUAAAGUAUUGUAAUAGUUAUAUUUAAUAGAAAAUUUAUUGAAUUACUUUUUCUUUUUUUAAGAUUAUACCAUCCUUUUAAGGCAGUAGCAGAGUUAAGGGGUUGGCAGGCCCCUGCCCCUUACAAUGGGAAAAUUUUCAUUUAGGUUCUUUAUAAUUUAUAAAAUUUUAAAUUAUUAAUAACAAAAUUAAACUUUGGCUUUCUUAAAAAUGAUAAAAAUUUGAUUAAUUCUUUAAAAAUUAUAAAUGUAAUAGGCCAAUUUUGGCCUGGGCCCAAAUAAAAAAUAAAACAAAUUCACUUAAACAAAUGAAAGUCCAAAAAAUUACAGUCCAUUUUUCUUACAAAUAUCAGAGCCUAAUUCAAACUCAAAUUAACCCGUUACAUAUCAAGCCUAAAAUUCUUGAGGAACCAAAAGGAAAUGGGUUCUAGAAGAUGUUGCAUUGGUUGUAUGUAUGGUUGAUUUGCACAAUGUUGGAACCUUUAAUGCUGAUACGGGAUUCAAAGCCGGUUAUUUAAAUGAGUUGGAAAAAAUGUUAGAAAAAAUUUUACCCAAUGCCAUGUUGAAGGUUAAACCUAAUCUUGAAUCGAGGAUUAGGACAUUGAAAAGGGAUUGGUCAAUCGUUUAUGACAUACUUAGUGGAAAAAAACAAUAGCGGUUUUGGUUGGGAUGAGCAUAGGCAGCUUGUUGUUGCUGACGAUGCGGUGUGGAACUCAUAUAUAAAUAGUCAUAAAGAAGCCGAUCAAUUCAAACAUCAUAGUUUCCCUUAUUAUGACCAACUUACUGCCAUCUACGCAAAAGAUCGAGCCACUGGGAAAGAUGCUGAAACAACCGCUAAUAUUAUUGAAGAAAUAGAUGUUGAGGAUGUAGCUACUACAAAUACUCAUGAAGAAAGAAACGAUUUCUAUGGAUGCGAAGUUGAUGUUUCUUUAGAUGACAUGGAUCUUUCAGCUACACAACUGCAACCAGCUAGAAACCAAGAUGAUUCCACAUUUUCAAAGAAGAAAAAAAAGAUUUAUGAUGCAAGUGAUUAUAUUUCUUCUAUUUCAUUUAAUGAUACUACCAUUUUAUUGGCGGAAAACAUACAGACCGUUGGCGUUGAAAUCAGUAGGAGUAUUGCCUCCGAAGUGCUAAUUCAACAAAAUUCAGAAAUGACCAUUCAAGAAAGAGCUCUAAAAUUAUAUCCAACAUUAUGUGAAGUAGAGGGUUUAACUGAGGAUGAGCGCUAUCGCGCAUUGAGCAAAAUUCCAGAUCAUCCAACGCAAAUGCUCAUUUUCUUUAAUUUACCUUCUUCUGUGCGAUUGGAAUGGGUCAGAAGAUUUCUUGCUGACCAUUAAAAAUCAUGGUUGUGUUGAAGAUAUUUUGGUAACUUUUUGUGUUUGUAAUAUUUGGAUGGUAUAAUGACAUGAUAGAAUGUCAUUACAAUGUUGUAACUUUUUGAUGUUGUAAAAUUUUAUAACAUAUGGAUUAUGACAUAUAAACUAAUGAAAUCAUGUAACUUCUUGUUAAUAUAUGAAUAUUAUGUU